AUGAAGAUCUCCGCGCCGCAGGGACACCUCUGUGGCAUCAUCUUCGGUGACUCCACUCCAGCCCCGGAGCACUGCUGCAAGCAACGCUGUUGCUGCGUGGGGCGGAUCUACUGUCGCCAACUCUUUGGAAGCCCCGACCUGUGGGAGGGCCACAGGACCCCAGAAGGAGAAGCUGAGGCCCAGGAAGGCCUGAAAGAGCCCAGAUGGCGGGAAGAGCCUCAGGUCCCUGCAGAAGGGGACAGGCUCAGUUCUGUGGUCCAGAAACAGGAUGACCUGGGGCGACAGAGGGAAGGUCAGAAAAGGCAGGAGAAACUGUGGACGGACGAGGAGGAAAACCAAACAGAAGUAGUUGACCCACUGGAGGAAAUGGCUCUAGAGUUGCAGAGGAUGCGGGAAAUGUAUUGGGAAGAGAACGGCAAGCAGGACCCCCGGGAGACAGAACAAAGUCCCGAGGGAUGGCAGACCGAGGAGAAGGGGACGCAGACGGAGGAGGGGGAGCCGGAGUGGGCGGAGGAGAUGGACAGUGAGGUGAGUGGCGAGCUGGGCCAGCAGGAGACAGAAGAAACUCCUGAGGAUGCGUGGAGCAAGGAGAAGGGAACGCAGACGGAGGAGCAGGACCCCGUGGGCCCGGAAGAGGUGGGAGUGGAGGAGGCGGAGGAGCCGAGGCCCAGAGAGAAGUGGGAAGAAUCAGCCGGGGAAGAAGAAGGGCUGAGGGCCCGCCGAGCCCAUGGGGAUGCCGGGCCCGGCCUGCGGAAGCUUCCCACGCUGCCCUGGUUCCCAGGCGGGAGCCAUUGCUGCGACUGGCUGUGUUCCUCCCUGGGAUGGGACUUGUGCCUCCGCACGGGCCUCCCGGCCGCUGUCCUGGCCCUGCUCCCUGGCACCCAGGCCGAGGGAGGCCAUGGCAGCUCCGGCCUGCGGGAAGCGGCUCGGGGGCCUCCUCCCGGGGACAGGCCCCAGCCUUUGCAGGAGGCCGCCCAGCCCAAGCGGGAAGGAUUGCGGGCAGAGCAGAGGGGAACGCAGACCGACCAACAAGACCCACUGGACCAAGAGGUUCUAGUGCUCGAGUGGGUGUGGAAGAAGUCCGGAGGCCGAAACGGCGAGCGGCAUCACCGGGGGACAUUGCUGAGCCUCAAUGUGCGGCUCGACGUGUCCGGGCCAACGGGCACUUCCUCCCCUCGGGGCGGGCGCUGA